CUCGAGCCCGCGCGACGCGCAUGGAGUUCACCUGCGGCGAGGGGCCGGUCUCUGCCACGGAGCCUGCCAGAGGGCAAAGCCCCAGACACAGCAAAUACGGAGGCAGCCGGCACUUGGAGAGGUCGAGGCGGGAGGAUCGCUGCAACCUAGGAGUUCGAGACCCGCCUUGGCAACUGACUUCUUCCAGUGUACGGAACGCUGCUAAUGGACAGCCGUUGCUGCCAGCUCUGAUGAUGGUAGGCUUCCUCAACACUCAGCCCAGGGCAGCCAGGAAGAAUGAAUGCAUGGUGAUUCAGAGGGCCAGGAGGAAGCUGCGUGGCAUUUCAGAGAUACUUAUUUUAAAACUGCCGGUGGCCAUGUCUUCUUUUCCUAUCUGAGCUAAUAAUGAAUUUUGAUAUGUGAACAUUUCUUCUGCUUCAUAGGUAAUGUGUUGAUGUGGCACUUUAAUCUUAGAAUAAUCAUUUCUAAAACCAA